UCUGCCCACAUGGUGAUUAAUUAUUUAUAAGGUGGGCGGGGAGAAGUCAAAGUAGGAGGUGGCAGACGGGGGAAUCUGUGUUUGCUGUGCGUGAGGGAAGCAGAAAGAGAGAAGGGACAUCAGAGACAGUUAGUAAGGGCUUGUGGUAAGGAUGCACAGAGGCAUAACAGCCCUCAGUAGACAUGUCAUUAAGGAAUUACAAACAUGCUUUGCUUCUUGAUGGCACAGGCUGUAAGCCACAGUGACCUACUCCUCUAGUCAAAGGAUUUCAAAGCAAGUAAACAGCCAGCACAAAUGAAUGAGGAAUCUACUCUAAUAGAGAUGACAGGCCAGCUCACUCUUACCAGUUAAGGAGACCUUCUUGCCUAAGAGGUCUUAGAAGUCUCUGCCAUCAUCAGCCUUGAAAUUGGCCAAAUUCCCAACCAUUUUGUGUCGUACAGCGCAUCUAAAAGUGUGCAAGUAAAUCAGUAGGGACCUGGGACGGGAGGGAUCAGCCAAUUGGAGGAGAGAGAUGUGGACGCAGGAGCGGUGUGCGGCACUGGCAGUGUUGUCAAUAAUCUUGCUGCUGUCAAAGGUGGUGGCUCCAAUCGAAGUCCCACUGGACCCAAAGAUCCAGCAAGAGCUCAAACAGCCCCCCACCAUUGUGAAGCAGUCACUAAAGGACUACAUUGUGGACCCCAGAGAUAACAUCAUCAUUGAAUGCGAGGCCAAGGGGACUCCAGUGCCAAGGUUUCAGUGGCGGAGGAAUGGGAAGUUCUUUAACGUGGGGAAGGACCCGCGGGUGACCAUGCGGAGUCGUUCCGGAACACUGGAGAUCAGAAGCAGCGGGAAACCGGAAGAUUAUGAAGGAGAGUACCAGUGCUUCGCCUCCAAUGACUUUGGCACGGCGAUUUCCAACAAAAUCCUACUACGAGUGUCAAAGUCUCCACUGUGGCCGAAGGAGGUUCUGGAGCCAGUGGUUGUGCGUGAGGGGGUAUCACUCGUCCUGCCCUGCAACCCUCCUCCUGGUCUCCCUCCUCCUGAAACCUUCUGGAUGGACAGCUCCAUUAUGCCCAUAAAACAGGACAACAGGGUGUCAAUGGGCUUGAACGGUGACUUGUUCUUCUCUAAUGUUUUGGCUAAAGAUGCCAACACUGACUACAGCUGCAACGCUCGCUUCGAGUUCACACACACCAUUCAACAGAAGAACCCCUACACCCUUAAAGUGAUAACAAAGGAACCUUAUAAUGACACGUUUCUGAACUCCACUGAUCUGUAUGGUGCACGUAAUGUACCAGAAACCCAGCCAACCUUUCUGUCUCCAAAGGGCUUGUCCAGCUCCAAGACAGUGCUUCGAGGAGAACAGCUUCUUCUGGAGUGUAUAGCUGCUGGAGUCCCAUCUCCUGACAUUAGUUGGAUUAAAAAAGGAGCAGACCUCCCAUCUAAAAAAGUCAAGAUUGAGAAUUUUGGUAAAACGUUACGCCUCCACAAUGUGUCUGAGGAGGACUCUGGUGACUACGUCUGCAUGGCCAGUAACAAAAUAGGCAGCAUUCGCCAUUCUGUUGAAGUCCAGGUUAAAGCUGCUCCCUAUUGGCUGGAUAAGCCCACCAAUCUGGUGCUUGCCCCCGAAGAGAAUGGACGAUUAGUGUGUCGUGCCAGAGGGAACCCUAAACCCACUAUCCAAUGGCUUAUGAAUGGGGAACCUAUUGAAAGUUCACUGCCCAACCCAAACCGCCAAGUUCUUGGUGACACAAUCCUGUUCCAUUCAGUCCAGAUAGGCAGCACCGCAGUUUACCAAUGUAACGCCUCUAAUGAACAUGGUUAUCUAUUGGCCAAUGCGUUUGUCAACAUCCUUGACAUGGCACCACGGAUGCUAGGUCCAAAGAACCAGCUGAUCAAAGUCAUUGAAAACAACAGGACCUUCCUUGACUGCCCUUUCUUUGGCUCACCGUUUCCUUUACUGCGCUGGUUCAAGAAUGGCCUAGGCAGUGGUCUGGAUGGUGGUCAGUACAAGUUGUACAACAACGGUACUUUGGAGAUUAAACAAGCCCGGCCAGAAGACCAAGGCACCUAUACUUGUGUUGCCAGUAAUAUUCUGGGCAAGAUGGAGAAUCAAGUGCGCCUGGAGGUUAAAGAGCCCACGAGAAUAGUGCGGGCACCUGAACAUGUCACACAGGCCAAAGGAACCAUGGUUCGCUUUGAUUGUCGAGUAAAACAUGAUCUUUCCCUUCCUGCUACGGUCACAUGGCUAAAAGAUGACAAGCCUCUAAACCUUAACUGGAUCAACCGGUUCAGAAAGGAUGAUGAGGCUUUGACUAUUUACAAUGUCAAUCCAGAAGAUGCAGGAACCUACACAUGCACUGCCAAAACUGAGAUAGAUGAGAACUCUGCCUCAGCUCGCCUUAUAGUUACAGAGGAUGACAUCUCAUCUGCCUCAAAUCGCAGUGCCUUUGCAGCUCGACCUGAUCCCCCUCAGGAUCUUGAGCUUUCGGACCCUUCAGCACGUAGUGUUAGACUCACUUGGGUGCCUGGGAAUGAAAACAACAGUCCUGUUACGCAUUUCCUUGUGCAGUUUGAAGAGGACAAGUGGGAGCCGGGGAAGUGGCAGAACCUGUCUAUAUUUGGUGGCAACCUAAACUCAGUCAACCUGCAACUGUCCCCCUUUGUCAACUACCAGUUCAGAGUGAUUGCAAUCAAUGCCGUGGGCCAGAGUCAACCCAGCCUUCCCUCUGCCCGCUAUCAGACCAGUGGAGCCCCUCCUGAUGUUGUGCCGAGUGGUCUUAAAGGCUGGGGAAGCAAGAAGAACAACAUGGAGAUCACAUGGCAGGCACUUAAGAGCACAGAAAGGAAUGGGCUAAACCUGCGAUACAUGGUCUCAUGGAGAAGGAAGGACACUGAGGAAGAGUGGAAUAACAUAACCACAACCAGAACGAAGCACAUUAUUCAUAAUACAGACACCUAUGUCCCAUAUGAGAUCAAAAUAAAGGCCAUCAAUGACUUUGGACACAGCCCUGAGUCAAACAUAGUCAUUGGUUAUUCUGGGGAAGACAAACCAUCCGCUGCACCAACAGACCUCAGGGUGUCGAAGAUCAACAGCACCAAAGUAAAUGUACACUGGGUGGCUGUGGACCCCAGCACUGUGAACGGAGAGUUUAAAGAGUACAAGUUGUACUACUGGCGGGAAGCCAGCCUCAUUAAGGGCCUGAAAGUGAACAAGACAAAGUUGCAUAAAGGCUUCUUCACCACGGCAGAACAGCCCUCUGGCAUCCUGACAGACCUUUUUCCGUAUAGCAAAUACAAGAUGUACAUGGUGGUGGCUAACAGAGAAUAUGAAGGACCACAAAGCAACACUGUGGAGUUCUACACCAAGGAGGGAGAGCCAGGGGCUCCAAAGUACUUUAGGAUUCAGAGGCACACAGGCAUGGUUCACCUGAAGUGGGACAAGCCUCUGGAGCCGAACGGUGUCCUGAUAGGAUACACACUUGAAUACCACACAGUGAAUGGCACACAGGAGGGAGAGAGGAAGUUCGAGCAUUUUCAACCCAACGUGACAGAGUACAUCAUGAAUCUACCUAACCGCUUCACACGGUUCAAGUUCUACCUUGCAGCCCGCACACAGGUCGGAGCGGGAGAAGUGUACGCCAUGGAGUCACCACAUUUCACUAAUGAAGGCACCCCAGAUACUGACUCUACAGUUGUAGCCGUUAACUUUACGGAUGCCUUGAUGUUCGAAACUCCUCCUCCUCCCCCUCCCCUCUCCACCGACCCAAUCCCAACAAUACUUACCCCAGAACCAACCACACCAGCCCCUACAACAGCUGCUCCGCCCAAACCCACAACUACUACCACUACUACUACUACAACUACCACAACUACUACCACCACUACUACAACAGCUUCCACCACGGUUCUUCCUGUUCGGCCCAUGUCUCCUAAAACAGUGGAUUGGAAAAUGCUGGUCCCGAAUGUAAAGAUCUGGAAUCUGACCGUGGAUGCUAACAAUGACUAUGCUAACGUCAGCUGGAAGCACAACUUCUCCGUUGACAGCAGCGAGUUUGUGCUAGAGUUCACACUGGACAGUAAUGGGUCGAUGAAAAGCAUACAAGUAAAACACCAGCCUCCCAUUAAGCUGGCUGGGCUGGUGGCUGGGGCCAAGUAUCGGUUGCGGGUGUAUUCCCAUGAGCACAUCUCCAUCAGCAGCGACUAUGUCACGUUCGAGACAGGCAGAGCCUACAAGGAGCAGGAAGACAUUGCUACUCAGGGCUGGUUCAUUGGGCUGAUGUGUGCUGUCGCUCUAUUGGUUCUCAUCCUGCUCAUCGUUUGUUUCAUCAAGAGGAGUCGUGGAGGAAAAUAUGCAGUGAGAGAAAAGAAAGACCUCCCCUUAGAUAAUGUUGACCAUAAAGACCAAGAUGGUUCAUUUGACUAUCCGAACGAGAACAGGUCUCUUGAAAAGGAAAGCAGCGACGAAGACAACAAGCCAUUACAAGGCAGCCAGACAUCCCUAGACGGGAACGUAAAGGAGAGCGACGACAGUCUGGUGGAUUAUGGUGAAGGAGGAGACGGCCAGUUCAACGAGGACGGCUCUUUCAUAGGACAGUACACAGUUAAGAAGGACAAAGAGGAGACGGAAGGAAACGAGAGCUCAGAAGCCACGUCACCCGUUAAUGCCAUCUACUCUCUGGCAUAGCACCCCGACCUGAACACAGCGCCCCCAGUGGGCCGGAGGGGGCCACUACAUGCAUAAAAAUACAUAUAUAUAAAUAUAUACAGAGAAAAUUACAAGCAUUCACAUUCAACGCACUGGAGUGCAUGAUCCUUCUAAACAAUGUAUGGGGAAAGGCAGGUGAGCCAAAAACAUGUUUAGAAACCUUUCUUUAAGGUAUCCCCAUGCCCCACACAGACUUUAGUGUGCCUUUAGGGCGACGGGGCAGACUUUUGAGCUUUUCAUAUGGCUUAUGCUCUUCUUUUUUUAUUUAGUAAAUCUUUAAUCUGCCCCUUCUUCCUCUUCCUAACCGUAGCUAGCAUCAAAGAAACGGUGAUACAAGCACCAGACCUGUAACAUGUCAACUGUGGGUCGACUCGACUGCAGAACGUCGGCAAAUACAUUUAUCAUAUUGAUAUUUCCGCAGUGAAUGAUCCUUUUUUUUCCUCCACCGCAAAUAGAUGCAUCCAAAAACAUGAAUUCUCUAGACAGUGCUAUCACGGUUUGAUGUGCUUUAUAAAACUAUGCACUAUGAAUUAUCAUUAUCAUGCUUUUGGGUUAAAAUUGGACGUUAGAAUCCAUGUUUUCUUUUGUAAACAACAACAACAACAACAAAAAAACACCCAGUUCUGACUAUACAGUAGGUGACAGGACUGAUAUCAUGCUUUCAUUUUCCAUUGCUCUCUUAAUAUAUUUUUACUGGCUGCAACUAUAAAACGCCACCAAUAUUUAUCGGCCGAGGUUAGAUGGCGUCACUUGUAAAUGAUGAAAAAGACAAUAUUUUAAAGCAUGGUAGUAUUUUAGCACAAAGGACAAUGGAGAGGUUGAAAUAUCAAAAGUUGAAUACGCAAUGAUAUUCCUUUUUUUUUAAAUAGUCCUCAAAAGAGAAUGAUGAGGAUGAAAUGAUGAAGUUUGCUUUUCUUUAUUUCUUUAUUUAUUUUUCUUUAUUUUAUUUUUUAAAUAAGCUUGGUGAAGAUUUCGGUGUCAGAAUAAGUUUCUUCAAGGAGUCUAAAAAAGUUUGGGGUGCAUCAAUACAUAAGUGGGUUGUCAUAUGAGGGUUUCUAGACAUGAAUAACUCAACAUAGAUGUACCGAGUCGGUAAAGAGAAGUGUAGAUAUUGUUUGGGGUUGAUCCAGUGUUGAUUUUCUUUGUCGGGAGAGCAGCUGAGACACUGCCCUGAAGACAUGCCACUGUAAUUGUAGUGCCGCUCUCAUACCACUACCAUUACUUCAUCUUCUGCACUACUGUGGUUCAAAAGUCUGAGGAUCUGCGGUUUUUAAAUUUGCACCUGGAAAUAAACAACAUUUUAUGUUUUUUUGAAAACUAAAAAUGUAGAUAUUUCUUUUGUUCGAGCGCAGCUUCUGUUUCAUGCCAACUUUGGGAUUUAAUUAAAUAAGGAACUGAUUCAUUUGAAACAGUGAGUCUGCUGCUAUAUUUCUCUCUGUUUGUAUGCUGUAAAAUCAUCCUGGUUUACACCAGGUUUAUUUCCGCUCAUUAAACCUAAAGGGCGACAAACCACUUCUAUUCAUUUUUUAUUAAGUUUUACUUGUGAUCUCAAACUUUUGGACCCCUUUACAUAUUUAUCUUGAUUUUAUUUAUAAAAAUAAUAGGGACUAAUAUAUUGAUAAUUUAUUAAUGACUCCACAACAGCUUUUCGGAGUCUGGGCUGUGAUAUUGAAAUCUUCUCUGUGUAAUGUAGAUGAAAACAUACUUCAGAGAUCAAGGACCAUGUUUGUGGCAAUGUAAAAUAGUGAAAAGUAAUGGCACCAUUAAAAGGAGUAUGUCUUAUUUGUUAAUUGUGCUGCUCUUUUUAGUAUUAAUGUCAUAUCAUUGCUAUUCUGUUAAUAUUUUAGAAUUUAUUUAAUGUCAUUUCUACAUAACAUGAAAUGGAAAUAUUGUGUAUUUAUUUCGAUCAUGAUGUAAAUAUCCUUUUUUUUUUUCUUCAUCUUCUUCUUCUUUUUUUGAGGAGGUUUAUUGUGCUACAAUAAGUGAAAAUAAAAUUAUUUUGGUGCAUCCCAAAAUGCAAGACUCCACUCACAGGUUUGGAUUCGGUUUCAGCCAGUGAUCUUGGGUCAUUUGAAUGAGACUUGUUUUUGUGUCCCGUCCUUGUAAUCAUGACAUAUUUCUUCACUCACGUCUCAGUUUCAACCGGCUGACACCAUUACCGAUGAUGUAAAUAGCAAAUGCUGUAGAGCUGUAUUGUAGCAUUCUUACCUUUUUGUAAACAUUUGAAUUGUGUUAUGCAAGAGAAACUGGUUUGUCUGUUCACAUAUUACUUCACCACAGGCUCCCAUAAUGCCUUACACCCGUGUCACAUGUGAUCACGCUCUUUAAAAGGGCUGAAUAUCAGGUCAUAACUCCCUGAUAUGGAUGCGUUGUUGUAUAUCCAAUGCCUUUGCAGUAAAGAAAUACGUGUUAAUGAAAUUCAUUGGAUCCAUCAGAUCUGCUUUCUCUCCAGUACCUCAAAGCAAUACUGUCCUCGUUUGCCUUUCGCUCUUUUGUUUUCUGCACAGUAGGCCUAGUCUACCAGCUUUUGUAGAGACUUACAUGCACA